GGUGCAAAUGUCCAUACUUGAAUAUAUUUUGACAAUUAGACAUUAUAGUGAUUCCUGUUGGACCAAUGAUGUUGGUAGGAUUGCUUCCGAGAAAUAUAAUUUAUGGAGCAAUUAAAUUUGCUCGUAAAUGUAGGCGUUAGCAGUUUCUUUUAAAUUUCGGGCCGAUAUUCAAUGGUCCAUGUGUUUCUAUUAUUAUCCAACUACUAGUGCAAACGAGUGAAGUGGAAUAGUGUAAAAGCAAACGCAAAGAAUUCAAUUAUUUGUGCGACAAGAAGUGAAGCACUAACGCCGCAAGAAAAAGAUGUCAACAAUUAACUGGUCCGUUUCCUUUUCUCAAUGAAAACAGCAACAAUGAGGCUUUGAUUGAAUGGCCUUCAAGUAAUGCAAGGACCCAGAUAACGGAAACGCACACAAAAUAAAACCAAAAAGAAGCUGUUUAUGAAAUGUCAACAUAUCAAACAAGUCAUUGAACUUUUUGAACAAUCACAAAACUUAAUUGUAUGGGAUAAGUAUCAGUGGGAAGUGGGUUAAUAAAGAAGAUCCUCAUGACCAUUCACCUCGAAAUUCGCAGUCUUAAUUCUUUUACAUGGGUAAUGAGACAGCAAAAGACAUGGAGACUGAGUCUGUGAAGUCUGAGAAUAGCUCGAGGUCCAGGCGUUCGAGGGGUCACAGAGAUAGGAAUACCUACAGACAACACUCUUACAGGAGCACCAGGAGCAGCAAAUCGACCAGAAAACCUGACGACAUGGCCCCAUUCCAAACGGCCGUCACCCUUACUCCGGACAACCGUGAUGGUCAGGAGGUGAUUGAGGUUCAGAUCCUACCCCAAGACGACAAUUGGGGCGAAAACACUACCGCCAUCACCGGCAACACGUCCGAACAAUCCGAAUCCACCGAAGAUGUAUCGAACUGGCCCGGCGAACCGGACACUGGCAUAGGUUUUAUGUGCCAGCGUUACAUGGGCAGCGUAUUUACGGGUGUGUUGUUUAUCGUCGCCUUUGUCAGCCCGUUGGCGAUGGUGGUGUUGCCCAAGUUGGGUUUCUUUCCGGCACUUUCGUCGAGACUGGGUCUGGCGGACAAUGCCAAAUUGUUGGCUUGCGGAGCUGAAUGCAAGGGACAGUUAGUGUCUUUGGCUUUUAAAAUGGCCAUUCUUGCCGUUGGUGCCUGGGCGGUUUUCUUGAGGAAACCACACGCGACUUUACCGAGGUUCUUUAUAUUCCGUGCGGCAGUUUUAAUAUUUGUAUUAGUUUGUAGUUUUGCCUAUUGGCUGUUUUAUAUUGUGCAGGUCACGGAAGCAGCCAGGGCGGCCACCACGCCUGAAGAAACGGUGGAUUACAAAGCUUUGGUGGCUUAUGCUUCCAGUCUCACUGACACAUUGUUGUUCAUACAUUAUCUCGCCGUAGUUUUAGUAGAAAUCCGGCACUUGCAACCCAUGUAUUACAUAAAAAUCGUCAGAAGUCCGGAUGGUGCCAGCAAAGCCUAUGGCAUAGGUCAGCUAAGCAUACAAAGAGCAGCUGUUUGGGUCCUGGAGAAAUAUUACACAGACUUUCCCAUCUACAAUCCGUACUUGGAACGAAUACCCGUAUCCAAAUCCAGGAAAACCUCCUCGAGUUUCAAGUUCUACGAAGUGGACGGCGUGAAUAAUAGUGCGAUUCAACAGUCUCAGUCUCGUGCCAUGUUGGCUGCCCACGCUCGUAGACGAGACUCCAGCCACAACGAGCGUUUUUAUGAGGAACACGAAUAUGAGCGUCGCGUGAAGAAGCGCAAAGCUAGAUUAAUUACCGCAGCCGAAGAGGCCUUUACCCACAUCAAACGACUGCACAAUGAUCAAGUGUCCGCCAUUCCAAUGGAUCCACAUGAAGCCGCUCAAGCUAUUUUCCCAUCAAUGGCCCGUGCCUUGCAGAAAUACCUCCGGGUCACACGACAACAGCCCCGUCAUUCCGUAGAAUCGAUCCUCACACAUCUUGCCAAUUGUUUGAGCAACGAUCUUACACCGAAAGCGUUUUUGGAACAGUAUAUUGUCAGUGAGCCCGUGCUGCAGAACGACAAAGAACAAAAAGACGUACAAACUUGGGCGUUAAUCUGUGAAGAACUACUGACCAGGCCCAUAAGCGAUAACACUACAUUCCAAUUGAGGCAAAACGAUGUUUCAUUGCUGUGCGUAAUAAAACGGUUGCCUCAUUUCAACAUCACAGAGGAAGUCGUCGAUCCUAAGAGUAAUAAGUUUGUUUUGAGAUUAAAUUCCGAGACUUCAGUAUGACCCACACUAUUUGAUCGACUGAUAUAGGUUUUACAUAUCUUAUACUACACCUAUUUCUAACUUAUUGUUAAGUCGACUAGCCGAUUUCCUCUUAGGAACAGUCUUAAUAUUGUAUUAGGAAAUGUAAUAUUUUUUAACCAAAGGCAAAAUUGAGACAAAUGUUCAUGGUAAUUUCGGCAACUGUAUAUAAUUAAGUUUUAAAGUAUUUGUUAAAAGACUUUUGUAGCGUUUACAUGAAUAUAUUAGGAAAAUCAUAAUUUACCUGACUGAAUCUAAUAUAAUACUCAAAAAUCAGGUAUUUUUGAAAUUUCCACAAGUUUAAAAAUGUUAGGAAGCAAACCAUUUAUUUUUAAUAAUUUGCUAAAACAGCAACGUGUUUAGUGUAAACUUAUUUUUAUAAAAACAAAGAUUUUAAUGAUGUGAUAUUUUUAUUUUUGUUUGCAAUUAUAAAGGCAGCUUUGUAUACUUAAAAUGUGCUCAAUUGAUUUUUUUUUAUUUAUUCAUCUUAAACUUAUUUAGAUUAAGUACUCGUAACGCACAAAUGUGGCUAAACAAUACAUGACAACCCGAAUCUGAUUUUAUAUAAUUUUUCGUAAUACUCGUACCGUGCAAUUUUUAUAUGAAAAUAUACAAUUAUAUUUAUCGAACAGUAUUUUAAAAUAAAAGACAUUUUAUAAUGAAUGUAGCUUUUUAUAAAUAAUUGUAUGUAAAAGUGUGUUAAAUAAAUGUACUGAUUUUUA